CAAUAGAGUGAAGAGUCAUAUUCCCAAGGGGUCUUCUGAAGUAGAAAGCAAAACCUAACUCCAGCAGCCCAUCAACUGAACUCUCAGACUAUUUAAAUACUCAGAAUAAUUUUUUUUGUAACCUGAGAAGGAGAGGGAGAGAGAGAUAUUGAGAUUCACCUAACCCCCCUUUCUCUCUCUUGCUAUCUAGGUUUCUCAAUUUGCAUUCCCUUUCUUUUCCCUUGGUUUCAUCGUCUUUGCUUAUUGGAUUUUUCAGCCACGCCCCCCUUUCUUCCAUUUCCUCAAUUAUCUUUCUUUCCUUUUGUUUUUUAAUCAAAAAAUGGAUUUUUCGGAUACCCAUUUCACCAAAAGCUGAUAUUUGACUGUCAAACACUCCAAUAUUUCUACUUGUAUGAGAAAAAUAGGUUGGGGUACUCACUAAAUCCCAAAAAGGAUUUCAUUUACAGGAUUUUGAUUGAUGGGUAAGCGAGCAAUCGAGGUAUUUGAUGACAAAAAGGAUGGAUUUUUCUCAGUUUCUUAUUUGGGGUCUCAAUGGAGCUUUCAAGAUGGGCAAUAUCUUCCUGGUGGAGGCCUUUUUGCCAGCGUUAAUCAGAUGGGGAUGGGCUUCCCGAAUCCCAGUGAUAAUAGCAGCAUAAAAUCUCUGUACGCUGAUUUGUGUGAAAAGUAUUUGUCAUUUGUAGGGGUCCAGGAGGAGGAAGGGACUCUUAAGAAGAAGAAGAAGGGUGGGCUUAAGUUGAAGCUUAAGGUUAAAAAUCCAAUGGUGAGACGGUUAAUUAGUGGUGGAAUAGCUGGGGCUGUCUCAAGGACCGCCGUUGCUCCACUGGAGACCAUAAGGACUCAUCUGAUGGUGGGGAGCAGUGGGCAUACCACAACUGAGGUGUUUCAUAAUAUAAUGAAGACUGAUGGAUGGAAGGGAUUGUUUAGAGGCAAUUUGGUUAAUGUGAUUCGGGUAGCACCAAGCAAGGCCAUAGAGCUGUUUGCAUAUGAUACUGUGAAUAAGAACUUGUCACCCAAACCGGGGGAGCAACCUAAACUUCCCAUUCCUGCGUCAUUAAUUGCUGGUGCCUGUGCUGGAGUUAGCUCAACUUUGGUGACAUAUCCACUUGAGUUGGUCAAAACUCGAUUAACCAUACAGAGAGGAGUUUAUAAUGGAAUAUUAGAUGCAUUCUUAAAAAUACUGCACGAAGAGGGCCCUGCAGAGCUCUAUAGAGGCCUUGCCCCUAGCCUCAUUGGAGUUAUUCCAUAUGCUGCCGCAAAUUACUUUGCUUAUGACACAUUACGGAAAGCAUAUCGAAAAGUUUUCAAGCAAGAGAAGAUUGGCAACAUUGAAACCCUUUUAAUUGGAUCAGCUGCUGGAGCUAUAUCCAGUAGUGCAACUUUUCCGCUUGAAGUUGCACGCAAGCAUAUGCAGGUUGGAGCUCUCAGUGGAAGAAAAGUAUACAAGAAUGUACUUCAUGCACUUGCAAGCAUACUUGAGCAGGAGGGGAUCCAGGGUUUAUAUAAAGGUCUGGGUCCCAGCUGCAUGAAGUUGGUACCUGCAGCGGGGAUAGCUUUCAUGUGUUAUGAAGCAAGCAAGAGGAUAUUGGUAGAGGAUGAUGAAGAACAGUAGAAGAGCCGAAGAACCAUUAUAUCUUUCGAAACAAAGGACAGUGAGAUACUUCUGAUUGAUACUAGAGCUAAAUUCGUUUUACAAAUUUCUCCAUUCUGAGGUUUUUUGUUAGGAUUUGGUCAAUAACCUUCCUUGCUUAGAAGGUUAGAGAUACAUCUAAUGGUUUUUGUUUUCUUUCCUUCUGGGUAAAAGAAUCGAUUAGACAAUUAAAUUUUGAAGAGAGUUGGCUUAUCAUACCAAAUUUCAGUUUGGACUGUCUUAUGUCAGUCUGGAGAACGUUCCCAGAUUCACCGUUGGUAUAUGCAAGAUUGUAAUAUGAAUGCAAUAUUCUGAUUUAUUGAGAAUUA